AUGCGGGACUAUCCAAAGAUAAAUGUUGAGCUUUCGGUUAUUCCUUACUCUGGGGGUGAGGGUACGUGGACACCUGAGGAGCACGUUCAUCCGAGGCAAUGGAGUCAGGCGCGGAAGGCGUAUGAUACGUGCUUGAUUGUCUUUCUUGAGUUUUUCACAACCAUGAUCAGCACCGCAGGAUCCCCAGUUGCUGGACACAUUUACGGGGAUCUUGGAAUAAGCCCAGUUGCAGCGACUUGCGUUUUUGUUUCAACAUAUCUCAUCGGCCAAACCAUCGGAGGCGUCUUCUUCCCACCCUGGUCAGAGUCCUUUGGCCGCAAGAGACUCUACGUAGUCGGCACCGGCCUGUACAGCUUGUCAUGUAUUCUCGUAGGCAGAGUGCCAACUAUUCCCGGCAUCGUUGUCGGGCGUUUCAUCGGCGGACUGUUAUCGUCUGUCCCUACGAGUGUUGCCAUGGGCAGCAUCGAAGAUCUAUGGGACACGAAUGCGCGGGUAUGGUGGCUAUACUGGUGGUCAUUGGUAGCGAACCUCGGCAUAUUGACGGGUCCGGUCUUUAGUGAUCUGGUGAUGAGGAGUACUCACUGGACGUGGGUGUUCUACACAGCGGCCAUAGUCACCGCAUGCGUCACAAUGCUUCUGCUCACGAUUAAGGAGUCCCGUCCCUCCGUCGUACUUGCAAGGGCCCAGGCACUCUCCGAAGUCCAAGGCCUGAGCAGCAACAACAUCUCGCCGGGCAAGGUGUUCCCUUCAACUCACGAGAAGCUCGACCUCCUCCGCCCCUUACGACUCUUCUUCACCGAGACAAUCGUCUUCCUCGCCGCUGUUAUAAGCGCCAUUGCAUUUGGACUCGUCUACCUUUUCACGGAAGUCUUACCUCUGGUCUACGUAGACAUGGGCUUCACCGAUGCCUCGAUGAACCUACCCUUCCUCCCCCUUGCAAUUGGCAUGGUCUUUAGCGCCCUUACACGUCUCUACGAUCGCCGCGUCCUUGCCGAAAGGAUGUCGAGGUCGCUACCACUCACACCGGAGUCCAAGUUCGCAGGCUUCAUCAUCGGUGCGCCCCUGUUGGCCAUCGGUCUUUGGUGGUUUACGUGGACCAUCCCGCCGUACACGACGUCGGCACACUGGGCUAUCCCGACAAUAGCACUCGUACCAAUAGGCUACGCGGUCAAUGAGUUCGACUACGUGCUGGCUGGGUAUCUCACCGACUGCUAUCAGACAUACUCGGCCAGCGGGUUCGCGGCUAUGUCGUUGACGCGGUCGCUCUUCUGCGCCACGUUCCCCCUUUUUGGCAGGGCAUUGUUUGACUCGCUCGAUUUCAACAUGGCGUCUUCGGUGUUUGCUACACUAGCAACGGUUCUGUGCGUUGUGCCUCCGCUAUUGUUGAGGUAUGGGAGCACGCUUAGAGCCAAAAGUGCAUUCGCGAGCAAGGACUCGAGAGACCUGGCGAGCCUGUGA